GUCACAUGAUACAGUUGAUGCUGCGUGAUGACAUCACAGCUCGAGGCAGGUCGAGUUACUGUAGUUCGGUUUCUUCUUCCUUGUUCUUUCCCUUCAGUCAUCUACCGGCCCGGGCGACCCAAAGCAAAGCAGACAGACAUAAUGUCCCAUCAAACGGGCAUACAAGCUGCGGAGGAAGUGAAAGACAUCUUUGCUAAGGCGAGGAACGGAGCCUAUCGCCUGCUGAAGGUCGUCAUUGAGAUGGAGACUCUGGUGCUGGGAGGCACCAAGCAUGCGUCUAAGAAGUGGGACCAGGAGUAUGAUGCCUAUGUGCUGCCUCUCCUACAGGAGGACAUGCCCUCCUAUCUCCUGUACAGGCUGGACUCUACUAACAACCAGGGAUAUGAGUGGAUCUUCCUGGCCUGGUCACCUGACCGCUCACCUGUUAGACAGAAGAUGUUAUAUGCUGCUACAAGAGCUACACUGAAGAAGGAGUUUGGGGGUGGACACAUUAAAGAUGAAAUAUUUGGCACAGUGGAGGAUGAUGUGUCGCUGAGUGGGUACAGGAAGUACCUGAUAGCACAGGCUGCUCCACAACCACUGACUGCUGCUGAGGAGGAGCUGAGGCAGAUCAAACUGAGUGAGGUACAGACAGACAUCAGUGUGGACACUAAGCAACAGACUCUGACGGGCGUGGCCUUCCCUAUGCAGCGAGACGCCAUCCAGGCUCUGGAACAGUUCAGAGAGAAGAAGAUCAACUACGUACAGCUGGAGAUAGAUUUUAGGAAUGAGUGUAUCAAGCAGUCCAGCACCACUCCUACAGAACUGAAGGAUCUGCCCAAGAGGAUCCCCAAGGAUGCAGCCCGAUACCACUUCUUCCUGUACAAGCAUUCCCACGAGGGAGACUACCUCGAGUCUACAGUGUUCAUCUACUCCAUGCCGGGGUAUAAAUGUAGCAUCAGAGAGAGGAUGCUCUACUCCAGCUGUAAGAACCCUCUCAUCGAUACUGUGGAGAAUAACCUUCACAUCCAGAUAGCCAAAAAGCUGGAGAUUGAUAACGGUGAUGAGCUCACCGCAGAAUUCAUGUACGAAGAGGUCCACCCUAAGCAGCAUGCACACAAGCAGGCCUUUCCCAAACCUAAAGGCCCCGCGGGGAAGAAAGGGGGGCGCCGGAUCACUAGACCACCAGGGGAUGGCGAAGAAGACUAAUAAAACACCCCUCCAUUUUAGUCCACAAUGGAACAUUCCACUUAGUAUAUAAGAACCCUUUAUCUGGUUGACUCCCAAAUGGCCCCCCUAUUCACUUUAUAGUGCACUACUGUUGACUAGGGCCUAUAGGGGUCUGGUUAAAAGGAGUGCACUAUAUAGGGGAUAGGGUUCCAUGUAGGACAUAGACCAUUGACAUGAAUCCCUCCUAAUGCCCUUUAACCUCAUAGACAACCAGCCUGUAGACUAUAUGAACUAUGCACACACAGACCACCACACUAAUAUAAGCCAUGACACUCAAACCUGUGAACUUACUUACAUUAGUAGCUUGUUAUUUAGACAGACAGUCGGUGCUGUGUUUUCAUGAUGAUGAGAGAGAGAGAGCCAACAUUUCCCUUUAGAGCUAUAAUAGCUAAUGAUUUUUUAUUUCUCAUAUUAUUUGACAAUGUUUUUAAAAUAUAUGGUUCCUAAUCCUGGUUCUGGAGAGCUGGAUGUGUUUUUAAGAUAUAUGGUUCCCAAUCCUGGUUCUGGAGGUCCUGGAGAGCUAGAGGUUCUGGAUGUCCUGGAGAGCUAGAGGUUCUGGAGGUCCUGGAGAGCUAGAGGUUCUGGAGGUCCUGGAGAGCUAGAGGUUCUGGAGGUCCUGGAGAGCUUGAGGUUCUGGAGGUCCUGGAGAGCUUGAGGUUCUGGAGGUCCUGGAGAUCUAGAGGUUCUGGAGGUCCUGGAGAGCUAGAGGUUCUGGAGAGCUAGAGGUUCUGGAGGUCCUGGAGAGCUAGAGGUUCUGGAGGUCCUGGAGAGCUAGAGGUUCUGGAGGUCCUGGAGAGCUAGAGGUUCUGGAGAGCUAGAGGUUCUGGAGGUGUGUGAGAGGAAAGACCUUGUGAUUUUUCUAGUGAGCAUGUGAUACUGAUCUGAACACUUCACCUUGUUAUUAGUGCUGAUUCAAUGCCGACAAUGUUGUAGCAAUUGUAUAAUGCCUUGUGUAAAGUCAAUCAAUAGAGAAUGUUGUUCCACAACCGCUAGCCCUUCAGGAUCAGAGUUGAGGACUGGGUCCUAUUCAUGUGACACUAAAUGGAGAAAACAGAGAGGGACCACCUAGACUUGUCCAAUAAGAAUAGCUUGUUUUCGCUUUCCGUUGAUAAAUGUUUGAAAACGUUUAGCUAUGCUGUGCCUAAUGAAUAGGACCAUGCUGAUGUAGAAUCUUGAAUUGGGAGAAAGAGAGGCCAUGUGUGGGUCUGUGGAUGUUGUUAAGAAGCCUACAUUUUACUGUAUGCAUCUAAUUUGUACUACCACUACCAUGUCCAUAACAACUAUAUGAUUACAUGUCAGUCCAAAAUCUAGUUAGUGAUUUCUCUUUCCAUGUUCUUUUACUGAAGAAUGAAACAUCUUAUAGAAAGUAUUUUUCUAGGUCUGUGAUGUACUGUAUGUGUGUGUGGUGUUCUGCGACUGAGAGGUCACAUUCUGAAUCAGUUGAAUGGCAACCGUUAUCUGUUUGUCGGUCUGUGUGAGAGAGAGAGUGCCUGUGUGCGUCCGGAAUGGCACCCCAUUCCCUAUAUAGUGCACUACUUUUGACCAGGGCCCAUCAGAAUAGGCACCCCAUUCCUUAUAUAGUACACUACUUUUGACCAGAGCCCAUCGGAAAAGGCACCCUAUUCCCUAUAUAGUGCACUACUUUUGACCAGAGCCCAUCAGAAUAGGCACCCCAUUCCCUAUAUAGUGCACUACUUUUGACCCAGGUGCCAUUUCAGACGCAGACCUGUUUGUCAGGGUUGCUCGUUUGUGCAUUUCACAUCAGUGAUAUUAAUCCCACAUAAUAUGCAAUGCUUUUCAACCACAAUGCUGCAGGUCUUUCCCCACGUGACACUGUGUGUACGCAUGUGAUGUUUAUUAGAACCACAACGAAGGGAAGGGACUGUGAUUCCCAGGUAAAAUGUCAUGGAGAAUCUGUCUACUGAUUCCAUGAAAAGGCAAACCACUAUGACAUGUUCAUGCUGUACUAGAUUACUAUGGCAUUAUGUCAUUCUGAAGGAGUCCUAGUACCUUGAAACUAUCAUGUUAUGUAAUGUCUCAAAUGUUUUUUUUUUCUAUGAAUUAAAUUGUGUAAGGAAAUGAAAUACAUUAAAAUAUUUAAAUUCUA